UUGGUUGUGAGAAUGGCAAGUGGACAAAGUGCAAAAUCUGCCACCCUCCCUCCCAGAACCCAGCCCCCUAAGUCUGGUAACAACAGAAACAAAUUAUCUUCUCCGUCCUUCAAUAGGAGUUUAUUUGGACGACUUGUACAGAAGUUACGAUUUCGUAACCGUGAUGAUACCGAACAUCCAGACGCAGAGAAUGUGGAGGGGUUGUAUUUUAAACGGAAGAUGUCCCCUGAGCACAAAGACACACCCAGUCAGGGUCCGUUUGCCAGAGUGGAUGUCAGGAGGAGCCAAUCAGACAGAAGCUACCAGAAACCUGUAGAAAUGAGGAAGAAAAAUGGGGCAUUCCCAAAACUCAGGCGAUCAAGGCAUUCUAAAGAAGUAGCAGAAGUCCUACCUCCCCCGGACAAGAAACCACUGACAUCAGAUGUAGAAGUGACUAAUGAUUUCAUUAUAUCGGAUGAGGCAGGAGUGGACUUGGAUGAUGGAAAUAAAAUAGAGCCAAUAUCACCAGAUGACAUGGAUCCUGGGUAUGAAACUCUUGAUGAGGUACGAGAGAAAAUGAAGAAUUUAAAACUAAAGAAAUUGAAGGAAGAGGAUGCAGAGAAUCUGACCCCUACACAUGUACAGCACCACCGACGUUCACAGUCCACAGGGGCUCAGGAGGUGGUUCACCAGAGUAAUGAAUUCAAAAUUAACCCUAGGGAAAAACUAGGCAAAAAUUCCAGUCACACAAAUGUGAAUCGACCAAGCAGUCAAAACUUGGAUAUGAAGAAUCGGCUUCUGCCAAGCUUCCCCUCCAAUCUUUUAUCUGUAAAGUCUGGAAGUUGUCCUCUUCAAAACGAAAACUCUCUACAAACAGGAAUGAAAUGCUCUCAAAACAAGUCAGAGAAUUGUAUUUCUCAAGUAGGAGUCAUCUGGAAACAAACUGAAGAUGUGUAUGCUAACCCUUCCAUCGUCCAGAACAAAACAAAAAAUGCGGAAAACCCUUUCAAGACACAAGUGAGGACGUGUAGUGCUAUAAACAGAGAAGAGAAUGUAGAGAAGGAACCACCGCCCCUUCCAGAGAGACAGUAUAGUGUUCAGAAUCUCGAGGACACAGACACUGGAGAAGAACCUCCAAGUGUUGAGGAGACUGUUCCUCCUGAAUGUCCUCCUAAUGAGGAUAGCAUACACAGCAUUCCUCAGGAGGCAGACACAGAACCAGUACCACAGGAAGUGAGACUCGACCUUCUGGAUGAAGAGGAUGAGGCCAGCGGGUAUUCAACUUGUGGUGCCUCACUGGUUCAUCAUCGGAGGAGGGAGAGAAUUUAUGAGGAGAUCAAGGAUCAGGACAUUAAAUCUUCAAAGUGUUCAUUUGAGGAGGACAAAAUGUGUUCAGUGCCAUAUCAAUCUUACAUAAAGAAAGAGAGACCUUAUGAAGAGGUUAAAGAUCUGCAGGUAGAUAGUGGAUUUCAUAAUUCUUCCUCUGGUACUGACUUGUUUGCUCAAGUCAUGAAUCAUUUUGACUCUUUAUCAGAGAAUGUGUCAUCAGCAGGCCCAUGUGAAAUCUCUACAGAGGACUUAGACAUGGAUUGUAGUAGUGUUAGUGAGAAAAUAGAUAUUCCAAAUGGAAGCUAUACUGCAAAUAGUGCUAGAACAGACAGUGCUAUAACUGACUUGAGCAUGUCCUCUGAUCAAUUAGUCUCAAAUUUUACGUCUUUUAUGUCAUCUGCUGAGCAGACGGACUCUGUUAAAUGGAAACCAGAAAAACAAAAAAUAAAGGACAAAUCAGACCUUGUUUGCAGCCAAUCUCAGUCAAAUUCCACAGUGCUAGAAUCAUCUGAAACUGAAAAUCCGUGUACUAAAUCAAUAAGUAAUGAUCUGACUAACCAACAGUUUUCCUUUGAAAGUCAAUCCCCUAUGGCAACAUCAUAUGAAGAUGAUGCAGACCUCGUGUUGGAAAGUUUAAAAAGUCAAACCAUUCCCUCUUGUGUGUCCUCCAUUGAGAAUUUACUGGAUUAUGACAGAAAUGUGGAAGACAGUACUACAAAACUGAAAGAUUCCGAGAGUUGUUUUCAGAUGGGUAGUUCACAUGUGAAUGACUGGGAAGAGAUACCAUACGCUGAUGCUUAUAAUCUGAAACCUACAGACACAGCCCAGAUAAUGCCAGAUGAUGGCAUAAACUCUGAGUGUAAUGAUUCUAAUCAAGAAAGUUUAACCGGGAGUUUGAUCAUAACGGAAGGAGAUCUGGCUAGUGAUCAGAAUAGUGCUAAACAAACAAUGACAACUGAUCAGUCAGGUGAAAAAUGUAGUGCUGAGUUAGAAAUAGAAGAUAAGCAGGAGUUACCUACAUUAGUAGGAGCAAUGGGAGGAGAGCCAGAGGAGAGUGUGCAGGAUAUCCCAGAUGAAGAGUCAGAAGUGAAACGAAGGUCAAAGGGACUCCCUUAUAAAACCAUUCCUUCAUUUUAUUACGAUGAAGAACCCGUUCAUAUGAGCCUCGCAGAUUUAGGUAUGGAAGAACACUACAGCAAACACAGUAGAGAAAGAGAGAAACAGAAGAAAAAGCAGAAAGAAGGGAAAUCUAGUGCUAAACAAAAGAGUGCUGAGAGUUCAUCUCAGGUUAAGGUCAGUGGUUCAUCUCGGGUCAAAGUUAGAGACAGCAGUCUCAGACAGACGCCUGUUCACAAAAACCCAACAGCCAGAAGGACGUAUCCUAUGGGAAUGGCAAAAUCUCUAGAAGCUGAGAAGGUGCCAAAGGACCCAGUGGAGAAUAAAUUGAGUAGAUCUGCAACAUCAGGUGAGAAGCCAUUAAGAGAUGCCAAGGCCAAGUCCAGCUUUGUGGAACCUAUUACAUUGCCAGAGAUACCUGCCUUCAACCAGAACUCAGACAUGAGAUGCAGACAAGACUUUUUUGAGAGCAUGAAACAGCUAAAAGAUUGUGGCUGGUACUGGGGGCCGCUGAGCUGGGACGAGGCUGAAAUCAAACUAAUGAGUAAACCGGACGGCUCCUUUCUGGUCAGGGACAGCUCAGAUGAGCGAUACAUCCUUAGUCUGUCAUUCAACAUGAAUGGCCAUGUCCACCAUACUAGGAUAGAGCAUCAUAAAGGUAAAUUCAGCUUUUGGUCACAGCCUGAUUCAUUAGGAAAAUCAACUAUUAAAGAUUUUAUUGAACAGUGUGUUAGAAAUUCCCGCAAUGGACAAUUCCUGUAUUUCAUUCGGCCCUCUGGCCCUGGAGCGCCACCUAUGCCCGUUCAUCUCCUUCACCCCGUCUCUCGAUUCCGACAGAUGCAGUCGCUGCAGCACAUGUGUCGUUUCCAAAUCCUACAGAUUGUACGACGAGACCACAUCGACCGACUGCCCAUUCCAACUCGUAUCAAGGACUACCUCCGACAAUCCCAAUAUUACAUAGAAUACCUAGAGGAUUGAGAGGAUAAAUUUUUCUACAAAUUUAUUAAUGUGAUUAAUGCAACCAAAUUUAUUGUGAUUCAUCAACCAAAAUAAUUUUUUUGUGUGUUUCCAUCUGUGAUGUGAUAGUAAUGUUUUUGUGCUUUUGAUUUACAAAAUCAUGUGACAAUUUUUUAUUAACUUUUGAACAUCUUUUAUGUGUUCUUUCAAACAUUUUUUUAGUUGAUAACUUAAACCAUUUUUAAAGCCAAGAUUAAUAGUUUUUGUUAUAAUUGAUAUGGGCGUCAAACUUUUUAAUUGCUUUGUGGUAACUUUUAUAACCAUAGCAUAUAUAAAUGUACAUGUAUGUUAUUAUGCAGUGCAGUAUUGUGUGGUGUACCCCAUUUUGUUUUGUUUUUGUGAAGCAAUACUGUAAAUUCAGAUUUCUUGACUCUGUAUAAAGAAGUUUUAUGUGUACGUAUGUUUUGUGAUCUACCUCAGUUCAGGCACAGAUAUAACAUUUUUCUGUUAAGAGUGAGAGUUAUGAAAUGGUGAGGGGUAUGGGUACUGCCAUGGUCCUUAGGUGGUCAAGGACAGUGGGGGGGGGGGGGGGGGGGGGGGGGGAGGGUGCCCUUGGGUUAAAGCCCCUGUAAGCUUCAGAGAAUAAGCUAUUAUGAGACACAAAAAUAAAUUGGACUUGUGGCUUUCUGUUUUAAGGGGGGGGGGGUUGCUCACGUGAAGUGUCCCUGCUUGAUUCCAUGCCUGCAGUUACUGAUAUUACAAAAGUCAACCAAAUUUCCACUCAAUUUGCAAAUACAAUUCUCUUGGUAUUACAGUUUUGAUAUUAUAAUUUUUUUUGUAACAAAAAAUAGAUUUUCAGAUUACUUACAGGUAUAUUAUUAUAAACUGUUUUUUUUUUUUUAAAUAUGAAAAGAAGGUUUUUUUGAAUGAUAUAAGGUAGAUAACAUUUACAUAAAUAUUCCAAUGAUAUAAAAUCAAGAUUUUGUAACGAAACUUUAGAUUAAUUUUCCUAAUAGCACAUUGUUUUCCUUAUUUGAAAUUUUUUCGUUAAUUAAAAAAAAUUUUGUCCAUUAAAAAAUGUAUAAUGUUAUAAAAAUUUUAUAUUAUACAUAUGGGUGAGAACACAUGGGUGCUAAUUAAAAACAUAAUCUUUUCUUCAUGUCUAGAUUUUGUUUCAUGUUAUGAAAGAAAGAAAUAAUAUUUUACUGAUAACUUUGUCUCAAUAAUUUGACUUAUAUUUCAUUCGGAUGAAAGUGAUUAAAAUCUCCCAUUUAUACUUAAUCUUUAUUUGCUUAUAUGCAGAUAUAUUCAUAAUUUUGAAUUAAAGGAAUUAAAUCUCAUAUUGUCAAAUGAAAAUUAAACUGUACUAUUAAAUAUAAGUUCAUGUACAUGUAUUUUAAGUGCCAUGAUUUUUAACAAUAUAACCUGCUAGACUUGUAUACAUGGGUUUGUAUGAUGUUGAAACUGAAAAAUUGGCGAUGAGAUAUUAAUUUACAUUAAUUCUCUUAAGUUAGAUACAUAGAUUUUACAACCAUUUUUUUAAUUGUUGUUUAAUGUUAUAUUUCAAUCAAUACACAUGUUGAAAUUCAAGUAAACUUUCAGUUUGAGAAAUCUAGUUAUAGCUUACACAUGAGCACGUAUUAUAACCUGAAUCAAUUUAAGGUUUGCUACUUAAGAAAAGCUUUAUAGCUCCUUUGUCACCUAUAAAUAUGUAAUUCAUGAAAGGUAUUUUAAAAGGAAUGGUUGGAAAAAUAUCCAAAUACUUUAAUAUGGUUAAAAUCUGCACUUAAUUGUUUGAAUUAAAAGGCAGCAUUGUAAUUUUUUUACUCAUUGAAUUUUGCAUUCCUUUUGAGUCUACUGCUUGAGAAAGAUUUCAGUGAUUUUAUUGUCUUUUGCUUUAAGGUAAUAAAAUCCAACACAAAUGCAGAAGUGCAGAAAAUAACUGAAAUACAAUUUACCGUUUUUACAUUUAAACUUUAAAAAAUGUUUUUGGAGAGAUAAAAGUCAAGGAUUUUGCUCUAUAUACUAGUAUAUUAAAGGGAGUGGCAGUUUUGAGUUGCAUUUUAAGUUUUUCAAUUUGAGUUUUUGAUGUUAUAUUUAUGAAAGGUGCAUACUUGUUAUAUUUGUGCUGCAUGUUCUUUUUUGUACCGAGUUUUGUUGUUGUACCUGUGAACCUGUUGUUAUUUUCAGUCCUGACUUGGAAUUAGAUUCCUUUUUACUGUUUAUUCGUUCAUGUCAUGCCUAAAAAAUUAAAUACAUGUCAAUGUAAUAAUGACCGUA